ACAAUCGUCAUGGUUUAUUUAGACUUUUGUAUUUUUAUCAAAUUAGUAGUGAUAUUAAAUUUUGCAAACAGUGAAAAUUUGUUGGUCCAAACGGGAAAAUUCUCAGAAGACGAUGUGCAAAUUUGCUUGGACAGUUUUGCGGUCCACACGGAUAAAAUAAUACGGACCCAAGACUCACUAGCUCUCGGGGCCAAGUAUCUGAUGGAGGCCGAGCUGGACAGCCGACAAGAUUGUUUGAAACUUUGUUGCAAGACCAACGAGUGCGAUGUUUUUGUCUUUGAAGAAAAGAAACAGGGAAGCUGUUAUUUAUUCCACUGCGGGCCGCCUCACGACUUCAAAUGUAAAUUUACCAGCCACGUAAAUUACAGCAGCGCAGUGUUGACGAAUCUGAACAUCAGAUCUCAUACGCACUUGGAGGAGCAAAUGCGUCAUAGUCAACAGGAACACGAGCUGAAGUCCCUGAGAAAAAUGGUGGAGAGACCGCUGGAAUACUCGUUCACGCCAGCGUCAAUAGUAGUCCAGCCAGUGACAGAAAUUCCAGUGGUGAUAAAACCGAUCCCGACCACUUCUCGACCAAUGAAGCCUGGAUGCAGCCGAAACCAGUACGAGUGUCGCAGCUCCCACGAGUGCAUAGCAAUUUACAACGUCUGCGACGGGAUUCCCCAAUGUUCGGAUGCCUCUGACGAGGCCAGCGACCUGGGGUGUCCGACGGAAAAACCCACGUCUCCCCCCGUCGCCGGACCGCCCAGACCACCUCCCCCGCCUCCAGAGCCUCCGGUUCCGGCCCACGAGCUCAAGUAUCCUCUUCAUCAUAAAUACCCACCUUUGUACGGGAAUCCCGAGCUGGCCAAAACCUGGCACCAGGUUUAUCCCCAGCAAGGUGUCCAGUAUCCUCUGCCUCAAGUCCCCAACUACGGACCCGGCUAUAUUAACGCCUGGGACUAUCGGCAGAUGUACGACCAACAGACACCUUUUAACAAAGACGCUUUUCCUGUAAAUCCGAAAGACAACGGUCUGAUACCGCACUACGCGGAAAGGCAGCAUAUUUUUAAUCACAAAAAACCUGGGGGUGAUAAUCCUGAUGAAACUCCUUACCUUGAUCCAGAAAGAUACGAUCCUUACUAUCCCAGGCAGCUUCAUGAGUCCUGGCAGCAACCAGCUCCUCUUCCUGAUGUUCCCAAGUUAGUAGUGACGAUUCCUUCCGUUGUUUUAACGAGAAAAGAGUCCCGGCAAGAUGACAGACAUCCUGAUGCUAAAAAUGAUAAGACAUCAGCUGAAGGAAUAUCAACCAAAGAGACUGUCAGCAUAAAAAAAGAGUUGGAGACUGAGAAGAGUGUCAAUAAAGAGGCUAAAAUUUCUGGAGAUAAAACUGAGCAUUUGAGUGGUAAAGAUAAAGAUGACCUGGUGGACAAUAAAAAUGUACAUGUUGAGAAAGCUAGUGAGAAGGUGGAGAAACAUGAAGUAAGGGUUCAUCACUAUGCUGAGCACUUGCAGAGUCAUAACAAGGAUGUCAGCAAUGAAAUAUUAAAGCCCAGAGGAGCUGUGAUAUCUCUGGCGCUUGGGCUGACGGUCACUGCGAUAAUGGUCGCUUUGUUUACGUGUAGGUUGAGGGUGCUGAGGAAAAGGGGCAAGCGGCAUGGACCUUUUGCCCAUGACGCUGAUUAUCUAGUCAAUGGAAUGUAUCUGUAA